UAGACACUGAAGCUGGAGGGGUAGAUAGAGGAGCCCUGGAAUGUGGUUUACCGCCUGAAGACAAGAACACAACCUCUUCACAGGCAGCACUGGCCGAGGAACCCUCAGUGGAAGAAGACAGAGGAAGAAUAAGAUGCCCAAAAGGAGUGGUUUUAGUGGCAGGGGGGCUGCCAUUCUUGCCAUCUUUGUCCAGACCUUUUUCAAACCAGAGUCUCCACCUCAGAUAAGUGAUGUGCAUCAAAUAGACAUCUUUCUCGAGCAGAUGAAAAACGUGCAGACUCAGUUCCCCACUCAACGUGCUGAGCUUUGGAAUAGGAGCAGGAUCCACCUGCAGAGGCACUUCCAGACAGCCCAGCCCACAGAGCCGGUGAGUCUGAUUCUAACUGCGGGCCUCCAAGCCGAGAGGACGCUGCACUGCCUGGCUCAGGGCCUGGCCUCUGCCUUCUCCUCUGCCCUCAACGCCUCUGUCCUCCACAUUGAUGGAGCCAGCAAAGCUGACCAGGACAGCGAUGAGGUGAAGCUGGACAUCGACCUCCAGCUGCAAGCAGCCUUUGCAGGAGACAAACCUGUGGCAGUCGUUCAUCGCUUUGAAGAGCUGCCUCCAGGCUCCACACUUAUUUUCUAUCGCUACUGUGACCAUGAGAACGCUGCCUACAAAAAGACUUUUCUGAUCUUCACAGUGCUUCUGAGUGAAGAAGAGAACAUUCCUGCCAAGAUUCAUUUAAGUGUUGUGGAGGAAAUGGUGGAUGACUACCUUAAAAAGAAGUUUCUCUCUCAUAGCCACCCUGUGUCUUUCGAUAAGAUGGAUCUGGACAAGUACAGUGGACUCUGGAGCCGCAUUUCUCACCUCAUCCUUCCUGUGGCAACAGAGGAAAGGAUAGAACAAGAAGGGUGCAAGUUGACAUAAAUAAUGACUCUGUCUAGGCACUACAUAACUGCCUAGCAUCAGAUGUCUUACUGGGUGGCUCAGCUCACUCGGGCUGGUAGUAGUGGUUUUAAAGACCCAAAGGUUUCUUGCUGUAGUCAAGUUUACUACAGAGGAAGGCAUUGAGGAAAAAUAAGAUAAGAUGAUUUGAAAGUUUUGAACAUUUUUGAGUACAUUUGUCAUGAAAAAAUGUUUGACAAACAGGCUGUGGCACUUUAUUUUUUAAUUCUUUAAUUCGAUGUAAUUGGGGACAAAUUUCUAAAUGAAACGUUAUAAAUAACAGGGCUUGUGUGGGUUCUACUGUAUGUAACUGCUGCUUCAAUUUGUGUACAUUUUAAAAGUUAUUUAAUGUAAGACUUUUUAUUGUUGUCCUAUGGUUAAUAAUUAGUAAUAUUCCUUUGGUGUCACAACGCAGGGCUCUGUUUUUUUAUAGCAAAUGUUGUUGUCAGUGAUUCUCAGACCUGCAUGGCACGUUGUGCCUUAACAGAACUUCUCACAUACUGGUUUCUGUAUAUAUGUAUACCUACACCUUACACUAUAGGAAGAAAUUUGAUGGAAGGAAGUAAGUACACAAUGAAAUGUGCCUUAAAGUAAAAAUAAACUUGUAUAUUCAAA